AUGCCCACCGAAGCUCCUUGCAAGAGUGCCCUCGCCAUGUCAAGGAGCCUCACUGCUACAGGCCUUGCACUGUGGCUCUCCGAGAGAUCUGCUGCUACCAGAAAUCCACCAAGCUGCUCAUUGGAGAGCUGUCCUUCCAGCACCUCCUCCGGAGAUCACUCAAGACUCCAAGACUGA